AUGACUUACAAAAUCCCAAUUAAGAAUGCCGGCAAGGUUUACGAUAUAGAGUUGGAAGACUCAGCCACAGGUGCUGAUUUCAAGCAAAAAAUCCAGGAACUUACCCAGAUCCCUCAAGCUCGUCAAAAGAUCUUAGUCAAGGGAGGCAAAGUCACCGAUGAUGUGGUGAUUGCAGACCUCAAAUUGAACCUCAAAACCCCAAUUAUGGUUUUGGGAACUCCAGAUAAGGAUCUUCCUGUCAAGGCUCCAGAGAAGCAGGUGUUCUUGGAGGACUUGAAUGAAAACCAGUUGAGCAGAAGGUCUGAUGAACCAUCCGGAUUGGUGAAUUUGGGCAACACGUGCUACUUGAAUUCGUCCUUGCAAGCAAUUUAUAACAAUAAGGACAUAGCAUCGCGUGUGGACGAGUAUGCUGGCCAGCUGAGUGGCAACUCUCUUGUUACUAGCUUGAAGGGUAUCUUCUCUGCCAUGAACAAGAAGCAAGAGGACGUGAACCCUACUUUCUUCCUUAUGCAAUUCAGAAGUACAUUCCCACAGUUUGCAGAGCAGGAGAGAGGAUUCUAUAAGCAACAGGACGCUGAGGAGGCGUACUCGCAGCUACUUAGCGUGUUGAGCAAUGCCUUGAACGUGGAGGACUACUUGAGAGUUGAUUUCAAAACGAACACUAAGUGCUUAGCAUUGCCUGAAGAGGAGGAGAAGAUCGGCGCUGAAAGUGCCCUCAAACUCAACUGUCACAUAGACAUCAAGACCAACUUCUUGAGAGACGGUCUUUUGAAUGGCUUGAAGGAUACGCUUGAAAAGUAUAACGAUACUUUGCAGUCCAACACGGACUACGAAGUCAAUAAGACCAUCACCAGACUUCCAAAGUAUUUGACAGUGCAUUUUGUCAGAUUUUUCUGGAGAAGAGACACACAAAAGAAGUCUAAGAUUCUCAGGAAGGUCCAGUUCCCAUUCGAGUUGGACGUGGCUGAAAUGCUCGAUGACUCUAUCAAGCCAGAAAAAGUAAAGGUCAGAGAUCAAUUGAGAAAAAUCGAGAAAGAUAACACUGAAUUGAUUAGAGACUUCAAGAAAGCAAAGAAGGAUACAUCUUUGACCCCUCAGCAACAACAAGAGGAGGAGGAAAUGAAGCUAGCAUCUAUUAAGUCCAAAUUCACGGACGACUUCCAGGAUGUCUUGCCUGAGUCUAUUGACCUAAGUAAGACGACAGAGAACCCUUCCUCUGUCUACGAAUUGAGCUCCAUUGUCACACACCAGGGUUCUUCGGCCGACUCUGGCCACUACCAGGCCUUUGUUCGCGACGAAAACGAUUUGGACGGUAACAAAUGGUGGAAGUUUAAUGAUAACAAGGUCUCUACUGUUUCCAGAGAGAAGGUCGAGAUGCUCGCUGGAGGCGGUGAGAGUGAUGCUGCAUUGAUCCUUUUCUACAAAGCCAAGGGUUUGUAA